CUUAAAUUCGGCGCAUCUGCUCGAGAUUCCAGCAUUCUCGCCAUGAACCGCUGCUACAACACAAUCAAGCUUUCGGGCCUGCUCGGAAAUCUGCUCUAUAUGCUGCUGGGCAUUGGUGUUAUGUGCGGGGCAGGACUGGGCCUCCAGGCAGCAGAGCCCAAUACGCCGGAGCACACGUACUUCGUAAAAAGCUUGGUUCUUGGGGGAACAAUCUGCAUGAUCGUAAUGUUCGGCUGCUACGGCCUGAUCUGCAAUCUCUUGUGUGUCAAUUUAAUCUUCACACUGUUUAUACUGAUUUGCCUGGGUGCGGAGUACCUGCAGCUGCAUCACUACAACAAUCCGUCGCAUAUAGCUACCGACAGUGCCUGGCACCAGCUGGAGCUGGCCUGGCAUGGCCUGGACAGUCGACCGGAGCUAAUGCAUCAGUACGAGGCCACACAGCAUUGCUGCGGCUACAACAAUUCAGACGACUACAGGCAGUUGCAUUUGCUGGUACCCGCGAGCUGUUAUCAGGCCACUUCCAAUGACACCUACCAGCAGAAGCAUGUCUAUCCGCGCGGCUGCCUGGAGACUUUGAGCAACAGCCAGCGCUAUAUACAGCAUCGCGAUAAGCUCUUCAUGUGGUCCAUCGUUGGCCUUGAGAUCUUUAUUCUGCUGCAGACAACCGCCCUGAGUGUCGUGCUCUUCAAGCUGCGCCAGCGACAGCGUCUCGCCCGUCGCCAAGUGCCGCCUGGUGUUAGACGAGAGCCGCGCUCCAACCAUGUAACCGGCUCACGGGCACAGCUGCUGAAUGAUGCCGAUGUCUGAUGUUAGAUUUUAUCAAAUGUUUCGUUCAUUAUGUUUUAUUAUGUGACUAUGUUGCAAAUGCUUCUGUGCGAGUAUGAA